AUGGACGCCCCGGUGGGCGCGGGCCAGGUGUCGCCACAGGGCGCGCAUAGAGGCCCGCCGUCUCCGGGCGGCCGCGUAUCGCCAGCUCCGGGCAUUAUCGACCAGCAGGAUGACUGGAUGUACGAGGGAGAGGCGACCCCGCCAGCAGACGAUGGAGCCGGGAGGGAUCUGCUGCACCUCGAGAACCAGAUGCGACAGGCGGACUUCGUCAUGGACCCACAGGUCAUCCAGACGCUGAGGGAGUACCUGCGCAAGGGAGGCAAGCCCGAGAUCGCCAUCGAGCUCCUCGCGGACUCGUACGCCGGCUACGCGCAGAUGGCGUCGGUCGUCGGGCGAUGGCUGUCGCUGGCGACCAGCACGGCCCCGCCGGCCGCCACCGACGCUCCCGGCGACGUCUCGGACCCCUGGCACGGCCACGAGGAAGGCGGGCGCGACGCGGUGCUCGCGCUGCUCGUGGCGGAGGCCGAGGCGCGCUACAGCCCCGAAUCUUUCCAGAACGCGUUCCAGCCGGGCGGGGCGGGGGUUCCGCAGUGGUUCGAGGACCUGUUGACGUUCGAGCAGGGCCGAAAGCUCACGUACCGCCUGCUAGAGAAACACCCUGCGUGCCCCCUGCUCGAUUACGGCCUGCGGACUGUCAUCGCCGCGGGGCACCAGGAGGAGGUCGCGGCGGCUGGCGGGCCCGUCGCGCGACAGUUCUGGGUGUACCACACCAUCCUGUCAGCACGGCUGAAGCGUGCGGCGUCGCAUCCGGAGCGGGCGUCCGCGGAGAUGCGGGCGGUCGUCGCGGCUGCGCUGAGCGAGCAGGAGUUAUACCUCCACACCCUGACGAUGCUGACCACGCUGGGCGCGCACCCGAGAGGCGGCAUCUUUCGCAAAGCCGCUGCGGAGCUCCAGAGCCAGGCUGCGCAGGUCCAGGGCGGAACUGUCUGGCGGGCGAUCUCCGAGCUGUCCUCCAAAGCCAGCACCAGACGGGGCGACGCGCGCAGCUUCUCGGCGGCUGCGAACCUCCUCUCCGCGCCCGCGGGCCGCGUUCCCACGGCGAUCGCCGCCCUCCACCGUCUCUUCGCCGCCCACGCGGCCCCGAAGACCCCCGACACCCCCCACGAACCCCCCCCUCCCCACGCCCUGCGGACCCUCCCGGUGCUCCACUGCCUCAUGCGCGCCGUCCUGCCGGCCGGGUCCGCUGGCGCAGCGUCCUCGCAGGCAGUCGCACUGCUCGCCGAGGCCUGCUCUGCGGACCCCAUGGAGCGAGACAUGGUCGAAGACACGCUGCGCGAAGCAACAGAGUCCAUGCGCAAACUCGCCUCCAGCGGGGCCGAGCUGGACUCGAGCUCGCUCUACCACAUCGGCGAGGUCCCCGUCGCGAGUCUCAGCGCGCUGAUCACCGUCGAGGACGCGUACCAGCCGCCGUUGGGGGACGUGGCGGCAACGGCGGGUCCGGCGGCGCUGCAGGUGGUGCACGCGGUCCUGCAGGCGCAGCCGCAGCUGUUCGCGGAGGGACUGCGGGCGCUGCGGGCGUUGAUGGCGUCGGGAUGUCUUCAGGAGGAGGACAGGCGACGGUUGCUCGGGUACGUCGUGGAUGGGCUGAGAACGGCGCACGCGGCGGAAGCGAUGGCGUGGCUGUCGUCGUGGGCGCAGCAGGCGGACACGGACCCCGGCGACGCGCAGUUCGCAUUUCUGUGCAGCUUGUCGCGGUGCGGACCGCCAUACGGGGCGGAAUUCGUGGCGUGCUGCGCGGCACUGUUUCGGGCGACGAAGCUGCGGGACGCGGGCGCGUGGCCCGAGGGGAGCGCGGAGAGGGCGCUGGUGGAGGAGUUCGCGAGGGGGAGCCGCGAGGUGGACGUGGGGCAGCUGGCGGGCGGGGUCUUGCUCGACUUGUGGAGAGGCAGCGGCAUGACGGCGCAAGAAACGAAAUGCACGUGA